GAUCGUUGUUACAUUUUAUAGUUCAACAAUUCACUUACAUACCCACGAAUCAUGUUUACUCUUUUAGUUCAAUAACUCAUCUUAUUUCGAGCUUAAUUAAACAUGGUAGCUAUUUUAGUAUUUUUACCCAUUUUUACCAUAGGAAAUGGAAAGAAAGAGAAGGAAAAACAGAGGUCAGUUUCUGCAGUGACUGACUGCAACACAACUGACCAUUAUUCCCUUCCACAAUCAUUUCCCAAUCUCCCUGUGACUAACUGUAAUAUAUAACCAACCAAACCCCAGCUCUCAAUAAAGGACCCAACUUUAUAACUGCAAAAUCGAAAACAGAGCAAAAAGAGGAAAAACAGAGGAGGUAGCACUAGCAGCCAUGGAAUUUGUGGCCACAACCAUGAACGAGCUAUGCACCGAGCAGCAAGUCUGCAGCCGGAAAAGAGCUCCGGAACUCCGCUACUCCGACGACGAAACCAAAGGCUACAAAUCCAAGAACCUCAUCGCCGAGAGGAAGCGCCGUCAGAAGCUCACCGACCGCCUCCUCAUGCUCCGAGCUUCCGUCCCAAUUAUCACCAAUAUGAACAAGGCGACGAUCAUAGACGAUGCCAUUACUUACAUACAGGAGCUGAUGAGGAAUGUGGAGGUUUUGAGCGACCAGCUGGACGCUUUGUCGGCGGAGGAAGCAGCCGAAGGUUCCGAAUCUCCGGCGACUGUCUCCGCUGAGAUCAAGAAUGAGGAUGCUGCUGCUGGUGUCGAUCCAGAGGAGAUGAAGACUUGUGGGAUUCAGGAGGAAGUGGAGGUGAUGCAGAUUGAAGGGAAGAAGCUGUGGGUGAAGAUUGUGAUGGGGAAGAAGAGAGGGAGGUUCACCAAGCUGAUUGAAGGAAUGACCAAGUUAGGUCUCCAAUUGACUCAUACCAGUUUGACCACUUCCAAAGGAGCAUUCCUUGUUUCAUCCUGUGUUGAGGUGGUUUGUGAAGAGAUGGCAAUGGUUCAUCAAAUCAAGGAGUUGCUGAUACAGAUUAUGAAAGGAAUAUGAAGAAAUUGAAAAUGAAUUAACAAGUUUUGAAAGGAGAUGGAUUAACUUAAUUAAUUGCGGAGGAUGGUUUGUUGAGCUUUGUAAUUGUCACCAUUGUUGGUCUACCGAACGACAUAGAGCUUCACCUAAUGCUUAAGGGAUAACAAAAAAAAAGUUUAGAAACUAGAUUGGAGACAUAAUUUGAUUGGGAAAUGUUAGUUCAUAAUCUACUUUAUAGAUCCGAUGUUCCAUCCAUCAGUCCGUUGAUAAUCAUCCAAAACAAACAGAAAUGAUCUUUGUCCUUGAAUUUCCAAACUAAAAUGACAAAAUCCUCAAACUCAAGUUUUUGGAGAGUAAUUUGCGUAAGAAUCUGAUACAUUGUGCUCGUAGAAUUUCUCAAAUCUUUACAUCCUCAAAAACUACGUAUAUGUCUUGAUAAUUCUGAUUUCUAAAUGAGUUAAUAAUAUCAUAGGCUAUUCAAUUUUAGGCCUCUAAUACUUCUGACAUGAAAAUUUUCGAUAUUAUGACGUAAAAAAAAAUCAAUUAACCUUGACAAUUCGAAUUUUCGGAUUACCUGGAGAGAGUGCGACUAAUCGGCUUUGCCAUCCACCAUGAAAUUCCAAACCAGAAAGAAAAGGACACACAGGCUAAAGUGAUGAAUCCGUGUGAGCCCAGGACUAUGCAGUGACAAAAAGAUUGACUAGUCUAUGGCCUAGUCCACUGUACACUGAAAGAAACAGACUUGUCAAUCUUCAAAAGCUCAAACUAAUAAUGAAAUCCGUGUCCGACCAGGAUUCUUGAACACAGACAAAAAGAGACGACUGGACUACAUUUUGAUUUCUUCCUGCAUUCGAAACAUUACAUUCUCCCCUAAGUAAGCCCUGCUCCAAGCAGCAACGUACCACAUUUCUCCCUUCAAAAAUUAGACCCCUCCUGGGCUUUUGCUCAUAAAUCGAGGUCUUGAUGCUCAUUUCACAUUUGCUUUCUCACCUAACUCCCUUUGUUUAAACUUUGCAACCCUGUUACACGGCUGGAAAGUGGAAACACACCAGUCACACACACACAUAUAUAUACCACAUUGCUACUUUCAUUACUCUGAAAGAGCAUAAACUAGACCUAUACUGAAGUGGGUUCUUUCCACUUCCAUACAGCUUGCUUAGUAUCAGCUCAUCUCUUUGUGAUAGGAUUGGCUCACCCAUCAUCCCCUGCUUCAAGUCCAUCGCCAUCAUUGUUACCACGAGUUCCGGUCAUCAGGAGGGUAGCCGGGCACCAUCGAGAUCGAUCGUUCGUGGGAGGAGACGUGAUUCUAGGUGGGUUCUUGAUGGCCAUCGUUGCAGUCAUCUUCUGCUACAUAAGGGCAACGAGGAAGAAGAACCAAAUGCUCGUGACUCAGCCAUGAAACAGGACAACAUGUUCUACAUUUUUAAGACCUUCACGGCUUCACCAUCUGCUGUUGUUGAAGAUGGGGAAGUGAAGAAAUGGUUAUAGUUUACUUGUAUAGUUCAAAACCAAACUUGAUUGGUACACGUGACCAAUAGGAUCUUGGAGAUCUGAAGGAUAGAGAUUGAGAAGGGUUGGUAUAGAUAGGUACUUAUGGAGAUGGUAAUCGCUUAAUAGUUUCAACAUGAAAUGGUAAUGUAGUAGUGUCUUUAGGUUUUACUCGAGUUUCUUAGUAAUGAUUCCUUUCUCAUGUAUCGAAUUAUGUUUCUUGAAGCCUCUUAUACUUGAUUGAUUUGUUGUUGAAAGUAGGUAAGUGACAGUGGUCUUUAUUUUUUGGGAAAAUUUUGACAAUGGUUAUUGGUAUGAGUAUAGGUAACCAAACUUGGAAAGUGCACAUGAUGAUUGAUGACUGAGAUCAAAAGAGCAUAGGUUUUUCACCAAGCUUUCUUGCUAAUGUUUCCACUCUCAGUGUAUUGGACUAUGAAUUAUUCAUUUAUUUGCUUAAAACCUCCAAAACCUUGAUAAAGUUUGAAUCAAGGUUUGAGAACAUG